GAAAACAGCCCUAAUGACAUGUGGCGAAUCUAGAAUUAAAGCGUAGUUCCCUGAGUUCCCAGCUGAUUGGAUUUGUCGCCCCAAGAGGCCCAAAUCAUCCCAGGCAUCUGUUCACGGAGUGCUUCCCCGCCUGCCUUCUAUAAUAACCCGCCUCAACCUUUUCAAGCGGCUCUCCGCAUUCCGAUUUUCAACAUACGAACAUCACCACUUUACCCAUUUUACUUUGAACACAUCAACUUCAUCAAUCGACAAAAUGACCAAAUCAGACCUCGAUCUAUUGCUCGAGAUGGGCUUCGAUCAGGCCCGCGCCGAGAUCGCAGUCAAGAGAACCGGCGGGUUGCAGCAAGCCUUGAACUGGCUUGAAGAAAACCAAGACAAGCCUCUGGAGGAGUUGCAAGCUAACCAAACGGCCGCCGAUGCAACUGCGGCCGAGGAAGAGGGCGGCGCUGCAUCCAUUCCCUCAGGCGAGACUGCGUCAUCGCUCGUCUGCAAUGAGUGUGGCAAAAAGUUCCGCAAUCAUUCCGAGGCCUCUUUCCACGCUUCGAAGACGGACCACGCAGAUUUCUCCGAAUCAACGGAUGAGAUUGCGCCGUUGACUGCGGAGGAAAAGAAGGCCAGACUGGAGGACCUUCGCAAGAAGCUGAUGGAGAAGAGGGCGACCCAGUCGGUCGCCGAUAAGGAAGAGGCCAAGCGAAACGAGCAAAUUCGCCAGAAGGCCACCAGGGAGUCUCACGACGUCAAGGAGGAGCUCCAACGCAAGGAGCAAAUCAAGGAGGCCGCCAAGAAACGCCAGGAGAAACAAGACGACCUUGACGCGAAGAAGCGGAUCAAGGCCCGGAUCGAGGCCGACAAGCUCGAGCGCAAGCGCCGCGAAGAGGACGCGAAGGCGAUGCGCGAAGGCAAGCCUCUGCCGGGACAGGCAACAACACCAGCUACCGUGGUGGCUGCUGCGGCUUCCAUAUCCCGAUCGUCCGCCGCUACUGCCCGGUUGAGGCUCCAGACCAAGAACGGGAACCUCAUCAAAUCGUACCCCAGCGAGACCACGCUAUUUGAGGUGGCCCAGCAGAUCGAGGAGGAAGUAGGGCACCAGGUUACGAGCUUUUCGACAACUUUCCCCAUGAAGAAGUUCGACGCCGGUGUUGACUUUGGGCAGACGCUUGCAGAGGCUGGUUUGGCGCCUAGCGCCGUGGUGGUGGUAAAAUAAGAUUGUUUG